GUACCAAUCUGCCUGCGCGGUAGAUCCCAACCCGUGUUGCUGAGCUACGUAAGCCAGACAGGCGCCGUCGUAACUUCGACAGGACUCCCGGACGGUUCUAACUUGUAAACGUAACCAGCUCGGAGUUAUCUGUGAAAACGGCAACCAAGACAUGUUUUUUCGGGAGAGAGCCUUUCGGUUCGUAAGCAAUGGAAGUAUCUGUCGGCCUUGCACGAUAAGUCCAGGCCAUAAUACUGUGUCGGUGGUUCGCCACUUCGCCUUCCCACCUCCGUCAGUCUGCCCUCCACGAUACGCGCCCGGAUGCUUUGGCCUGUUGGCAGCAACUCGUUGCAUGACGCACGUCCUCGCAGAAUCAGGCUAUGCCUUCGUACUUCUACCACCUCAAGUUUGAGCUCUAUCCCACGCCGACCCCGACACCCGGCGACGCAGCGAAGCUACCUAAGCCCGACCAGGGACCGAUCUGGUUGCCUGGGAAAGCUGCGGAUAUCUUCGACAACCUUCCGACGCACCCUCGAACCCGGGAGGCCGUCCCGCCUCACGGCAACAGGGCCCCCCGCAAUUGGCAGCAGGACAGACUACCGACUAGCCGGUUCAAAGUUGGUUCCGGCGUGAUCGACUGUGGUGCACCUCGGCCGCCCGAAUCCCGCGACGGCCGGAAUAUCGUGCGGCUCAGCGAGGUCCGACGCCGACAACGAACGCAUAGCAUCCCGCCUCCGCGGUCGCAUGCUGCCAUAAACCCGCACGUCGCGACCAAGGACUGGCGGUUCGGGCAGCUUAGGAUCGAGAGCAUCGACGCAGAUAGCUACCACAGCCACGAUAACAUGCAGAGAGCGACCACUGCGGCCGCGGCCGCCGUCGGCCCGUCUAUGGGAGGCGCUGGUAAGGCCACGAAGGCCAAAUAUGUCCCGCUAAAUGCGUCCAAGACCACCGAGUUAGGUUGGGGCAUCGUUCAUCUGUACCGAGAAGAGACGGAAAGCCCCGGACUUACGACCCCUCUGGAUCAUAUGCCCGAUGCCGAUGAGGUGCAGGAUGGCACGCAUGUUGACUGCACCACUAUCUGCAUCCCCGCCGUCCCCAGCUACCUGUCUCCGAGCGAUUUCCUGGGAUUUGUGGGGGACAGGUGGAGGGAUCAAGUCAGCCACUACCGCAUGAUCAUGACGGGUCGCAUGAGUAGAUACCUCGUACUUAUGAAAUUUCGUGAUAGCAAGCAGGCGCGGUUUUUCGGGCGCGAGUUUGAUGGCAAGGUAUUCAAUGAUAUCGAGCCAGAGACUUGCACUGUUGCCUUUAUCAGGUCUGUCACCUUCGAGAGUCCGACGAGCACGAGCGGAAGCUUUCCGGACCUCAGCCAAGACCCGUUCACGCCGUCCCCUUCAGCUACUUCCAACUCGCUCAAGCCGUUCCCACCCCCGACGCCCAACCUGAUCGAACUACCUACCUGUCCGGUGUGCCUAGAGCGUAUGGACGACACUACGGGCCUAUUAACCAUUCCUUGCCAGCACGUUUUUCACUGCUCCUGCCUGCAGAAGUGGAAGGGCUCUGGCUGCCCAGUUUGCCGGCACACGAAUCCGACGUUGUCGGGUAGUAGCAAUAGCCAAUAUUCAUCGUCGUCAAGCCCCGCACUCGCAGCUCCUUACGACCCUAACAAUCCAUUUGCGCAACCUUUCGGCUCGCGGGUCUCCAACCUGUGCUCGGUCUGCGACUCUACGGAUGAUCUAUGGAUAUGUCUUAUCUGCGGCAAUGUGGGCUGCGGGAGAUACAAGGGGGGCCACGCGAAAGAACAUUGGAAGGAGACAGCCCAUACUUUCUCUCUCGAACUCGAGACGCAACAUGUCUGGGAUUACGCCGGGGAUAUGUGGGUGCACCGCCUGAUUAGAGACAAGGGCGACGGGAAGGUGGUUGAGUUGCCUGGUCGUCAAGCGGGGCCCGGCGACCACGAGGACCAGGACGUCGUACCUCGGGCCAAGCUCGAGAGCAUCGGCAUGGAGUACACUCACCUUCUCAGCAGCCAGCUGGAGAGCCAACGUGUCUACUUUGAAGAGAUGCUGUCGAAGGCCGCCGACAAGGCAGCGAAGGCGUCGGCUGCUGCCGAGACCGCCGCAGCCCAAGCGUCACAGGCGCUCGAGGAACUCAGGGCUCUCCGAGAGGAGCACCGUCAGCUGCGCACGCAUACUGUCCCCUCACUCGAGCGAGACCUGGAACGGGAACGUAACCGCGCGGCUAAAUCUACGGAGCUUGCGAGGGGCCUAGGAAAAAGCCUCCAGGAGGAGAAGAAAGUGUCGGAAGGGUUGAUGGAGCGGAUCGAGCAUGUGAACAAAGAGCUCGAGAGUCUCGGUGGGCAGGUCCGGGCGCUGGAGGCGGAGAACGCGGACCUCAAGGACCAGAAUCACGACCUGAGCAUGUUCAUCUCGGGCCAGGAGAAGCUCAAGGAACUGGAGGCUUCGGGGACGGUAGAGGAGAGCGAAAUCCAGGAGGGAAGCGUUGCUGUGCCGGAGGAGAGCAGACGACGAAAGAAGGGAAAGGGGAAAGCAAAGAGUUGAGACAGCCACCACUUGACCGGUACCGGACCUACGCGCCUAGGAGGCGUGUGUGGGGUGGGGGAGGCAGGUGACGAGAGCGACCGCAAUAUCCGUCAGCCCUCGGGCCGUUCCGAGACGCGACAGUUGCUAUUUGGAAAUUGCGCUUGGACAGAUACAAACGGGCUGAAGGCGAGAAUGUUGGCAGCGAAGGGGGGGGGGGUUCAUCCAGCGUUGUCCUGUCACA